AAAGAACGCUCCUCCCUCUCUACAACCCGCUCUGAAGACUGGGACGCGCCGCUCAUUCAUGCUUUGGCUAUUGGCUGCGUGUGGGAGGCUGAAGAUUGGCUCUCGUACAGCUGUGAUGAACAUAUACAGUAUAUGCACGCUGUAAUUUAUUUCUUUUUAAAAACGAUAUCACCAUCGUAUUGAAUGGCACAACGGUCGGGGACGAAAGACUGAUAUGAACAUUAACUAAAAGCUCUCGGACACAUUCAGCACGAAACGGCGAGCGCAAGUCAUGGGAAGACAGACAUAAACAUAUUUCAGGUUCUUCACUUUCACUGGAUUGCUGUGAUCCCACACCGGAAUGUACUGUGAAUGCGCGCAGGCACAUUUGCAAUCAAAAGUAGCUCGGUGGUAAACCAAACUUGCAACAGACGGAUAAUAUUUCGUCUCUCGAAGUGGAAUGAGGCAGGACAAGUGGAUGAAGUUGAAAGAACAUGUCCCAUACGGACAGCUCACCAUCACCAAACAAAAGCAGCCUUUUUUUGGACAGCUAUGAAAAUAUGAAUAACAUGGAUACUGACAAGGAAACUGAUAUCGUUCUUUUUGGCCUUUGUUUGACUAUUGCCAUUGUGACUGGUGUGGGAGGUGUAUACUCUCUUAUAACCUUACUGAGAAAAAGAUGCAAGACUUCUCUUUGCCUGAUUGUGGCUUCCAUGUCAAUUGACGACCUCGUUAGCCUCGUGCCUCUUUCCUUGUUUAUGUACUUGCAGUGGAAGAAAGACGACCACAGCAAGUCAGGAACCAUGUGCACCUUGUCUGGACUCCUUUACGUUUUUCAGGGGUUGUCUAGCAAUAUAAAGGGGUUUGUUAUUGUUGCGUACACUUUUUACAUUACCAAACGGUCUGGAGUUUACCAGUCCAGCAGCCGACCACUGAGAAUGUUGUGGGCUAUAGCCCUGGUGUGGAUAAUCAGUCUAAUUGUCAGUAUACUACCUUUAUGUGGCUGGGGUCGAUUUUCACCUGCCUCCCUUGGCUGUCUGCCGGACAGCAAUAAUGUUUAUGUUUUACUGCUUUUUGCCACGUACUCACUGUGUGUUUGUGGCUUGGUGUUUUUCUCAUCUCCUCUCAUUUAUCGGCUUUUCUGUUCUACAGAGCACCAGAAGACGUUUUUCCCUAGUUAUUUUGAGAUCGCUGGACCGCUAGUUUCAGAAGGAUCGAGGUCCUUAUGUGAAAUUCCGUCCUUAUCACGGGUUAGCUUGGAGAAAAGUUUUAGUGUAUACAAUGAAUUUAGUUCAGGCCCAGUGUAUUUGCAAGGCAACGUGGUCACACGUUCCAGCUCCAACACUACGGACCGUUUGCGUAAGGAUGCAGAACAGCACCCGAGAUACUCUCCGGUUUUCUUUGCUCAGAAGCGCUUCUCUGUGAUUCUGGCAAUAGCUCGCAUAGUUUUGUGGAUGCCCAUGAUGACACAAAUGGUAGUGAGUCAUAUAGUUCAUGUUCGGAGCACUUCCAUGGAGACACUGAGUUUCUUCCUAACCUUGCUGUCAGCUGCAGUCACACCCGUGUUUGUACUCUCCGAGCGCUGGAUCCAUCUCCCUUGUGGCUGCUUUAUCAAUUGUCGCUCAGGUGCGGCCAAAGAACCCUCUACUGUAAACAAACGGAAGUUUGAUUUCAACAUGUCAUUCCAGCACGGCUAUGGUUUCUAUAAAAUUUCCCAUACGAAGUCGCCGUCGACAGAAAAACCUUCAUACAGCAAUUUGUUCAACUACGACCUGAAUGAAAGUAGAGUCGCAGUGCUGGACAGCGGUCAGAUAAAAACCCUUGCAAACCACGAGUUCAGAACCACCACCAGCGAGAACAGCUCCCUGAACAGAGACGUGUUAUUAGAUGCAACCCUCUGCCCUGAGGAAAGGCCGGCGAGCCAACGCCAUAACUCCGACCGCAAUGGCCUGUGCCUGGGCUCACCGCCUCCAUCACUGAGCGGAGAAGGGGACAUGAAUCUCGACUCUUCCUCCGUUUUCGACGGGCCGGAGAGAAGACUAUCACACGAGGACUGCCGUAAAAUUGAACUUGCUGACUGGGAAUGGUGCAGAAGCAAGUCGGAGAGGACCCCAAGACAGAGAUCCACUGGAGGCUUGUCCAUCCCGCUGUGUGCCUUCCAGGGCACUGUCUCCCUCCAAGCUCCCACAGGCAAGACCCUCUCUCUCUCCACCUACGAAGUCAGCAGCGAUGGCCUGAAGAUCUCCCCCACCACCAAGAAGGUGGAAGUGUACCGCUCCAAGUCUGUGGGCCAUGAGCCCAGUGCGGAUGAACCCCACUCCAACAGCUCAGGGAGUGGCGGGGGAGCUGGUGUCAGUGUUGUCGGUGGCGUGGGCGACACCAAUGUGAGGAUCCACCUGGAGGUGCUGGAGAUCUGCGACAACGAAGAGGCCAUGGACAGCGUAUCCAUCAUCUCCAACAUAAGUCAGUCGUCGACGCACGCCCGCUCCCCGUCGCUGCGCUACUCGCGCAGAGAGAACCGCUUUGUGUCGUGUGACCUGGGAGAGACGGCCUCCUACUCACUGCUCAUCCCCACCAUCAACCCGGACGCAGACAGCAUCAACUUCCACAUCCCUGACACGGUGGAGGCUCACAGACAAAACAGCAUGCGGCAGACGCAGCAGAGCGGUGGCUACCAUGAGGAUAUUCAGCUACUUAACGAGGCCUACAGGAGGCAGUCCAGCGGCCAGACGAACUGAGGGGCAGGUGAUGGGUCUCAGGAAGGAACACCAACGAAGGGAAAUGGGAAGAUUGACUCCUUGAAGGGAAGGGAAGAAUACAUCUGAGGGUCAUCAUAGGAUUUUAUCAUGGGAUUCAAAGACGUAAAACGCGCAACAUACAGAUAGAGAAUUGUCAUUUGCAGGUCAGUCAUAAAAGGAGGGAAAAUCAUAGCCCUUACAAAGAGUAUUCAGUAUAGGUGAAUGUGCCUUUGAAACCGGAUAGGUAAGCAUCACAGGACAGAAAAAUAAAUGAACGAUGAUAGAUGCACAUCAAACAUUCUGACACCUCAUUUUGCUAAAAGUCUCUAUUGUUUUCAGAAGUAUGGAGGGUGUUGUGAUUAUUAGGAUCUAUAAAUAGAACUAAAUAAGAGAUUGAAAUCAUGAGUCAUAAAAACAUCAGGGGAGCCACCAAGAAAAGGGGAUGUGAUCAUAUAGGGUGUGACAACGAGUGCAAGACAAUGGAAAAUAGGUUUGUAUGUCUGCACAGGCCCACACUACAUGGCAGCUCAGAUCAUCAGUGUCAUGCAGGCAUCAAAUUGAUAAGUGGAGAUUCUACUGAUUAGCACAAUCACUCAGUAAGGCUCUGCAUCCAAAAGUUCUUCAGUAUUGUAGUUCAUUUGUGUUUGUCUCUUUUCAUUCCCUCAUCCACGCACGUGUGUGUGUGUGUUUUUGUGUGUGUGUGUGUGUGUGUGUGUGUGUGUGUGUGUGUGUGUGUUCACAAAUCCACUCAGCAUCAUUUUGGUGUUUUAGGCAUACUGUGCGAUAUAAUUGUCAACACUUGUCUGUGUAGGUCAACGUGUAAGUACAGUGUCUUUGUGUGCUGAUGCAUGUGUGUGUGUGUGUGUGUGUGUCCGAACGUAUUGUGUCUAUGUGCUGUUGUUUUAUCAGUCAGGAAAUAUACGAAGCUAAGCUGAUCUGUGAUCUGUGACAGUACUACAGCCUCUUUCAGCCUCAGUAAAUGCUUGAUCCAUGGAGUCAGACAGCAACG